AUGGAGGGUCUGCACCUCCUCAAACAACUUGUUCAGAACAAGGAUUACAUGAUCAAAAUCGAUCUCAAGGAUGCUUAUUUUUCAGUACCCAUGAGCAAACAGCAUCGACGUUUCCUAAUGUUCACCUGGGGGGAAGAACUGUAUCAAUUCACUUGUCUUCCCUUUGGGUUAGCACCAGCUCCUCUAUUGUUCACAAAGCUGUUGAAGCCAGUAGUGUCGCUUUUGCGUCGCCUGGGUUUGAGGAUGAUAAUUUAUCUAGACGACAUAAUUGUUUUGAACCAAACCCAGGAAGGCAUAUUAAGGGACAGGGACUCAGUCCUGUGGCUUCUGCAGAACUUGGGUUUUGUGAUCAACUGGGAAAAGUCGGUGCUACAGCCCUCCCAUACCAUGGAGUAUCUAGGAUUUGUGAUAAAUUCUCUAGAGUUGAAGCUGUCAUUACCAGAAACCAAAAUGAAUCAUCUUGUGCAAUCUUGCCGAGAUCUGAUUCAACAACAGGUGUCCUCGGUCAGAACAAUAGCAAAGGUGAUAGGGAAGCUGACAUCCUCCAUGCAGGCAGUUUUUCCAGCACCCUUGCACUACCGACACCUGCAACGGUUACAAAUCAACGGUCUGUUGACGGGAAAAUCCUACGAGACGAUGGCCUCACUCGAUCAGAACUGUCGUAACGACCUUCAAUGUUGGAUCGAUCAGAUCUCCAUCUGGAAUGGUCGAGCAAUAAUUGCUCCUGCCCCAGAUCUGGUGAUAACAACAGAUGCAUCAAUGAGGGGCUGGGGCGCAGUUUGUCAAGGGGUUCAUACAAGGGGAUUGUGGACUCCUCAGGCGGCCACCUCCCUUCAUAUCAAUGCCCUAGAACUAAAGGCAGCCUUUUGUGCAGUGAGGGCCUUCAUUGCAAAGAAAACCCAGUUACAUGUUCAUUUAAGAAUGGACAACAAGACAGCUAUUACCUAUAUACUCAAAAUGGGGGGUACACGGUCUCCAAUCCUACUGCGCAUUGCCCAAGAAUUGUGGGAUUAUGCCCUACAAAAUCAAAUUUCCCUAACAGCAGAGUAUUUACUGGGGGAAUCCAAUCACGAAGCCGAUUGGGAAUCUCGACAUUAUCAGGAUCCGAGCGACUGGAAAUUGAAUCCCCAUGUGUUUCAAACACUGAACACCCAGUGGGGACCCUUAGAAAUAGAUCUGUUUGCCAACCGACUUAACACCCAAAUGAAGAGUUUUGUGAGCUGGUUCCCAGACCCAUUUGCCACAGCAACAGAUGCUUUUCAGAUCCCUUGGUCGGAUCUGAAGGGGUAUUGCUUUCCACCCUUCUCUCUAAUUUGCCGUUGCUUGGCAAAGGUCAGGAAGAACAUGGCAACCAUUGUUAUGGUCACACCAGCUUGGCCAAGACAGGCAUGGUACCCAGUUCUACUGGAAAUGUCCUGCAGACAACCCAUUUUACUGCCUCCUCUCAAGGACUUGCUAACAUCACCCAGACAGCAAGUGCAUCCUCUUGCGCAACAAGGCAGUCUGCAGUUAGCGGCCUGGAUGGUUUCCGGAAAACCAUACUUGCAGAAGGAGUUUCAGAACAAACUGCCCAGCUACUUAGCACCCACUCCUGGCGCAAAGGCACUACAGCCGCUUACAAUAGUGCCUGGUCACAGUGGUGUAACUGGUGUACUGAAAGACAAAUUGAUCCAUUUUGCUCCACUGUGCCCGCUGUAG